AUGAUCAGAACUGUAAAACCUAAAAACGCUAGGUCCAAGAGGGCCCUUGAUAAAAAGGAAGCCAAAUUAGUUGAAAAUGUGAAAAAGGCACUAUUUAUCCCAGGUCAAACCUCUAACAAACUCUUACAUGACAUUACUAUUGAUCUUAGUGCAUUAAAGAAACCAGAUAUUAAGAGAUUUGAAAGGAAGAAUGAUGUCCAUCCAUUUGAAGAUACUACUCAAUUAGAAUUUUUCAGUGAAAAGAAUGAUUGUUCAUUAUUAGUUCUUUCUACGAAUUCCAAAAAGAGAAGAAAUAACUUGACUUUUAUUCGUACGUUUGGAUACAAAAUUUAUGAUAUGGUUGAACUAUUAGUAUUAGAAAAUUAUAAAUUAUUACAAGAUUUUAGGAAAAUGACUUUCAAUGUAGGUUUAAAACCAAUGUUUUCAUUCCAAGGUGCAGCAUUUGAUGUACAUCCUGUUUACAAACAAGUAAAGUCCUUGUUUAUGGAUUUCUUUAAAGGUGAAUCCACCGACUUACAAGAUGUUGCAGGUUUACAACAUGUUAUUUCCAUAUCCAUUGCAGGUGAUUUCCAGGAAGGUGAAACGUUACCAAAUGUCUUAUUUAGAGUUUAUAAAUUGAAAACGUAUAGAAGUGAACAAGGUGGGAGGAAAUUACCAAGAGUUGAAUUGGAGGAAACAGGUCCCCGUUUAGAUUUCAAAAUUGGUAGAAUUCAUACACCAUCUGCUGAUAUGGAAAGAGAAGCUAUGAAGAGACCAAAACAAUUAGAAUUAAAGACCGUGAAAAAUGUAGAAACUGAUUUAAUGGGUGAUAAGAUUGGUAGAGUUCAUAUGGGUAAACAAGAUUUAAAUAAAUUGCAAACCAGGAAAAUGAAAGGUUUGAAAUCUAAAUUCGAUCAACUAGGUUCGAAUGAAGAAGAAUAUUUGAAUGAUGAUGAAGCAUAUUUGAAUGAACAAGAUGGAGAAGAGAAUGAUGCUGCAGGAGACAGUUAUGGUGAAGACUUCGUCACAGCGGAUGAUAUAGAAGAAAACGAAGGUCCUGUAUCCAAGAAACAAAAGAAAUAA